AUGAAGCAAAUCUUCCUCUUCCUUGGCUUUCUAGCCUUCAUUACCCUCUCUUCGGCAGUAAGUGUAGCCUUCAACUGCGACAACUCCCAUGUCGGCGACGUAUGUCAAAACAUGUGCUUCGGCACCAAAUGCAAACGUGUCGGCACCACCCUAACUUGGGACAAGCCCAGCCGACAAGUCUCCGACCGCCGCAGUCGCGAAGCCGGCUGUGGUAGUUCCAACCGGUGCAGCAAAUCCCCCUACGGCAGAGGCUACCAAUGCGACGAGUACCCGUUUAGAUCUGUGAGGGAGUCCGACAGAGGCGGGCAAGUAAAUCGCUCCCAAGGCCAAGUCCUCCGCAACUUCUACAACUCGCGCGGACAGUUCCAAGGGAAAGGAUGUAAUGGGACCGCACCGUGUCGGUUUAGUGUUUCUUUUACGAAUGCCAGUCGGUUGCAGUAUUGUAAGAGUAGGCCGAAUUGCACGAAUGAUGGGAAUGAGUAUACGAAGAGGGGGCCUGCGAGGAGGGAUGUUGAGGCUGAGGAAGGAAGUGAGUUUUAUAGAUUGGAGAGUGAGAUGGUGGUGUUUGCGCCGGGUGGGUUGGAGAUUGGGGAGGUGGUUUAUCGGACUGGAGUUGGGAAUUGGACGGUGUUUGAGGGUGAGGGUGAGGGUGAGGAUGGGGACGCGUUGGAGGAUGAUGAUAGUAUUCAGGUAGAGGAGGAUAGGGUUGUUGGGCUGGUUGAUGGGUGGCAGGGAUGA